AUGGGCACAGAUCCAUACGAUGAGGGUGAUAUCACCGCUGGGAAUGUUGUCUAUGGAAGCAUCUAUCUCUACGCCCCGAACAAAGUUGCUCCUAUCGUAUUUUGCAUCAUCUUUUUCCUCUCGCUGGUCGGCCAUCUUUUCCAAUGCCAACGAUACCAUGCAUGGGGGAUGAUCGGCCUACACACUUUGGCCGCCACUUUGUACGUCGCCGGGUAUGGGUUGCGAGCAUACGGCUCUCACCACUACAUCUAUAAUCCUGCGGCGUCCGACAGCUCAACGGUCUUGCUCACAUAUAUCAUGAGCCAAGUGUUCAUUUACGUCUGCCCCCCUCUCCUCGAACUCUCCAAUUACCACGUGCUCAGCCGCGUCUUCUACUAUGUCCCUUACCACACGCCGAUUAAGCCCGGCAGAGUCUUCUUGGUCUUUGGCACUCUGAUGUCCAUCGUGGAAUUCUUCAACGGGUUGGGGGUUGCUUUUUCGUCCAACCCCAAGGGCCACGAGCAGGGCGCUGGCCGAGCGCUGGUGCUGGUCUCGCUGGCCAUUCAAAUCUGUGUCAUCGGCACCUUCUUCGCCCUGUCGGCCAUGUUCUUCCACCGAUGCCGCCGUGCGGGGGUGCACAACAAAGCCAUCCCGUCGAUGAUCUACGUGCUGUGGUGCAGCAUGGUGUUCAUCCUCAUCCGGACUAUCUUCCGAGUGGUAGAACACUCCGGUAACACCACCCGGGACAUGGCCAGCCUCCGCGAAGAGAUGAAAAUCACCCCUCUGGACCGAUACGAGUGGUAUUUCUACCUUUUCGAGGGGGCCACGAUGCUUGCCAACUCGCUGUGGUGGAACCUGUUUAGCCCCGGUCGCUUCCUCCCCAGAACCACCAACACGUGGAUCGGAGAAGACAACAACGAGGUGUCGGUGGAGCCCCCGCGGUUCGAGGAGAGGACGCCGCUGUCGCAGGCCGGCCGCACCUUCAUGCAAAUCAUCACCCUCGGCAUGUGGGGGCAGAUGUUCCCCAAGCAGCUAAAACAGACCUCCGGCUCCUUUACCGAACUGGACGACUACUCCGGUCGGCGGUUGUAA